UUCACCUGUCGGAUAAUGACGAUAAACAAACUGUACUGCGCAAGCGUUCAUACAGUUUGUACGGUUGCACCAACGGUUGCAAUCAUGGCUCUAAGUCCAAGAGAAUCCGGCAAGUUCAUCUCCUCGACGGCACGGAACGUGUUUAUCGACAACGAAAAUAUAAAGUGGCCGGCGCUUGCGUUUGUCGAGGCUAUUGAGAAUUCUAGCUUCAGCUUGGACAAGUUCUUGCAAUGCGAAUUUCAUCCCAGACACGAUGAUCCCUUGGCGGUGGACUGGAUAUUUGUCUUGGACACGUUGAAUUUUUCAUUUUGGACUGCAACAGGCAGUAAGAAAUGGACAGUAAACGGUCAGACUGGCUACUUCGCUUUGUGUGCCGCUGUCAAGAGAGCUAUCGAGGAAGGAAAGCCCAUACAGGAUCCUGCAUAUUACUCGAAAAUAACUCUGAGCGAUGUCGAGACUAUUUUCCGAGGUGACGAUGAGGCAGUGAAGAUUCCACUUAUACACGAGAGAGUUCAAGUUUUGCACGAAGCUGGAAAAGUUUUGUUGAGCAAAUAUGAAGGUACAUUCGAAACAUGUAUCAAGUCGUGCAAAAGAUCGGCGAUGAAGUUGCUCGACCUGAUCAUCGGCGAAUUCAAGGCUUAUCGGGACGAAGCUGUUUACGAAGGAGAGAAAGUUAGUUUUUACAAAAGGGCUCAGAUACUCAUAGGCGACAUAUGGACUUGCUUCAAGGGACGUGGAAUCGGUGAAUUCCACGAUAUCAACUCUAUCACUAUGUUCGCUGAUUAUCGCAUCCCUCAGGUUUUCUUAUACGUCAAGGCUUUUCGCUAUAGCGAUUCACUUCUGAAGAAGCUUCAAUCCGACGAGCUAUUGGAGAACGGGAGCAGAGAAGAGGUGGAGAUUCGCGGUUGCUCGAUCGAGUUGGUCGAGAGAAUAUGUGAGGAGGUGGAACGGUUACUCGAGAGCUCAAAGUCAUUUCUGCAAACUCCGGAAGCCCAAGAGACUGCGAAGCACGUGAAUGCCAUCAUGAUUGAUCAAUUCCUAUGGGACUACCGACGAAGGCAUGCCAAGACUAUCGAUGAACGGAACAUACCGUUCCACAAAACGAGAUGUAUCUAUUAUUAGAGCGUAGCAUGUAGUUAUGGAUCUUCGAAUGAUCGUGUUGGCGAUUGGAUUCUCUUUCCAAUAGCUGCUCGCCGCGUCCUAUAUAUGAAAAUAAUUGAAAAUAAAUAUUUUAUUAUGAAACAUGAUGUGAGAGAAAGAGAGGGAGGGAGGGAGGGAGGGAGAGAGAGGGAGAGAGAGAGUGUGUAUCGCUGUAUUUGGAGAUCAGUCUUUGGAGAAGCACACAAUCGGAGAGGUCGAUCCUGAGACAUUCUGCGUGUAGCAUUAACUCACUGAAAGGAUGCGAUCAUUCGGGGAAUAAUCCAUCGAGACUACCUCUAUGCCUCAACCUUGUUGCAUUUAUCCUGGGUGAUGGAAAGUCGCUUAUAAGAUUUACGAAACUAUGCCAUUUUGAUUUAAUCGAUUAAAUAUUAUUUUUUACUACAAA